GCUCCUCGGCAGACGAACCCCGCCCCCACCCUCUAAGGAGCCCGGGGCCGGCUCUGUCCCAAGGAGCCCGGGGGCGUCGUUGGGGCGCCUGCGAAGGGGGGCUGAGGCCCGGUCCCCGCGCGACGGCGCCAUGAUGCACGAGCUGCUGCUGGCGCUGCGCGGCUACCCGGGCGGGCUCUUCGUGGGCGGCGGCCUGCAGGUGUCCCCGGAGCCGCCGCCGUUCCUGCACCCGAGCGAGGCCGCCCUCCUGGCCCGCGUCUGCCGCCUGGGCGCGCUCUACGUCCGCCUGCAGGAGUUCAUCGAGCAGUUCGCCGAGCACGCCCAGCCGCCGCUGCCGCCGCCCGCCGCCCCGCCGCAGGAGCUGCUGGCCUCCCCGCCGGGGAUCUACCUCCGCGCCUUCUGCACCGGGCUGGACGCCGUGCUGCAGCCCUACCGGCAGGCGCUGCUGGGCCUGGAGCAGGAGUUUCUGGCUGAUCCUCACCUUACCAUCUCGUAUGUCAACUAUUCUCUGGACCAGUUUCAGCUCUUGUUUCCCUCAUUGAUGACUGUAGUAGAGCAGAUAAAGAUCCAGAAGAUUCACGGUUGUCAGAUCUUGGAGACAGUCUACAAAUAUGGCCGUGGUGGUUUGCCACCGGUGCGCCAAGCUUUGGAGAAGGUCUUGGCCAUGUGCCAUGCCGUUCUCUACAAGCAGCUCUCUGCCUGGAUGCUGCACGGGCUGCUCUUGGACCAUCACGAGGAGUUCUUCAUCAGGCAGGGCCCCUCCCUGGGGCUGACCCCGGCCCAGCCGGAAGAAGACGACGACGAUCUGGGCAUUGGAGGACUCACGGGGAAGCAGCUGCGAGAGCUGCAAGAUAUGAGGCUGAUUGAGGAAGAGAAUAUGUUGGCCCCUUCUCCAAAACAGUUCUCCCUGCGGAUGGAGAUGCUGCCUUCCUACAUUCCCGCUCGUGUCGCUGAAAAAAUCCUCUUUGUAGGGGAAUCUGUGCAGAUGUUUGAGAGUCAGAAUGUGACUCUUACCAAAAAAGGCUCCAUCCUGAAGAACCAGGAGGAGACUUUCGCGGCUGAGCUGCAUCGUCUCAAGCAGCAACCCCUCUUCAACCUGGUGGACUUUGAGGCUGUGGUUGACUGGAUCCGGAGCGCUGUGGCUGAGCACUUAUGGAAGCUGAUGGUGGAGGAGGCCGACUUGAUAGGGCAGCUGAAGGUCAUUAAAGAUUUUUACCUCUUGGGGCGAGGAGAAUUGUUUCAGGCCUUUAUUGAUACUGCACAGCACAUGCUAAAGACACCCCCAUCCGCAGUGACUGAGCACGAUGUGAAUGUGGCAUUCCAGCAGUCAGCCCACAAAGUGCUCUUGGAUGACGACAACCUCCUGCCUUUUCUUCACCUGACCAUCCAUUACCAUGGAAAGGAACACCGAGACCCUUCCCAGAACCGGGAGACCCCUUCUCGAGAACUGUCUCCUCACGAGUCCCCCACAUCCGGCUGGGCUGCCUUGGGGCUCUCCUACAAAGUCCAGUGGCCUUUGCACAUCCUCUUCACUCCCGCCGUCCUGGAAAAGUACAACGUGGUCUUCAAAUACCUGCUGAGUGUGAGACGAGUCCAGGCUGAGCUGCAGCACUGCUGGGCUCUGCAGAUGCGGUGCAAGUGCCUGGAAUCCAGGCGGACGGAUGCCAUCAAGUGGCGGCUGCGCCAUCACAUGACUUUCCUCGUGGACAAUUUGCAAUAUUACCUGCAAGUGGAUGUCCUUGAGUCUCAGUUCUCCCAGCUCCUGCAGCAGAUCAACUCCACCCGUGAUUUUGAGAGUAUCCGACUGGCCCACGAUCACUUUUUGAGCAAUCUCCUGGCCCAAUCCUUCAUCCUCCUGAAGCCGGCUUUUCACUGCCUGAAUGAAAUUUUAGAUCUCUGCCAUAGUUUUUGUUCCUUGGUCAGCCAGAACCGAGGGCCCCUGGAUGAACGAGGUACAGCCCAGCUGAGCAUCCUGGCUAAGGGCUUCAGCUGCCAGUCCUCCCUUCUGUUCAAGAUUCUUUCCAGCGUUCACAAUCACCAGAUAAAUUCUGACUUAGCACAACUGCUGUUACGCCUGGACUAUAACAAGUACUACACUCACGCUGGAGGCACUUUGGGCAGCGUGGGGCUCGAAUGAUUAGCCCACUGGAAGGCCACGGUUUCCGAGAAGUGUUCUGGCCUGCAGUGGCAGCAACAUUCCAGCCACCGGCAGAGGACAGCAGAGGAGGCGCACGAUUUGCUCUCAAAGCAACUGGGGGGUGUUUUUUUUCUCGCAGGGCUCCCACAACACUUGCAAAUGGGGUCUUGCGUAUUCAGUAGCUUUUGGGGAGUGGGCUCCGUGGGCUCCUUUUGAAGCCAACAGAGGAACACUGAUUGCUUUGGGCUCCCAAGUGAGUCCCCGCUUUUUGCUGUGACUGCAGAGCCGCCAGUCCAGCCUUUUGAAGUGUCACCUUCACCAUUUCUGUGCCAAAAUCAGAUGGUGGCUAUAAAGGGUGCAAUGGUAUUAACUGUAUAAAUAAAUGGUUUUGUGUUCUAUUUCUGAAGAUGCAAAAGUAUGUGAAAAGUAACCUGGCCUUGGAGAUUCCAGUUGCUCAGGCUUUUGUUUGCUUCUCUUGCUCGGAGGGGAAGCUCUGCUGAAGACCCAGUUUGAACAACAAGGCCAAGACACGGUCACCAUUUGCUGCCUCUUUUGCUGGAAACA